AUGUCCAAAGAGCCACCGGGACGGUUUUCGAGGCGCAAGUCCGUGUUUGCUGAGCACUACGAUCCGGCUGAGGAUGAAGAUGACGAGGGUGCCAAGGUGGUGCAUCCCAAAUCUGACGAGCAACGCGAGAGGCUUGGCGAGGCAGUCAAGAACAUCCUGCUGUUCAAGUCCUUGGACCAGAGCCAGAUGCAGGAGGUGAUAGAUGCCAUGUUUGAACGAAAGGUCAAGCCAGGAGAGGUGGUGAUCAAGCAGGGUGACGACGGCGACAACUUCUACGUGAUCCACAGCGGCACGUACCACAUCUUUGUGACGACGGACGCAGAGAAGGACAAGCUGGUGGGCAAAUACGAUGGAACAGGCAGCUUCGGCGAGCUAGCGCUCAUGUACAACAUGCCGCGAGCAGCCACUAUUGUGGCCGUGACAGACGGCUCCUUGUGGGCCAUGAACCGGCAGACAUUCCGGCGCAUCGUGCUCAAGAGCGCCUUCAAGAAGCGCAAGGAGUAUGAGAAUUUGCUCGAGAAGGUGCCCAUGCUCAAGUCUCUCAAUCACUACGAACGAAUGAAUUUGUGUGACGCCCUGAUGCCACGGGCGUACAAGGAUGGGGACCUCAUCAUCAUGCAGGGGGAUGCUGCGGAUGGUAUGUACUUCAUUGAAGAUGGAACGGUCCGCAUCUGCGUCAAGAAAGACGGUGGAAACGAGACGGAGGUAUCGAGGAUCGGCAAGGGCGGCUACUUUGGAGAGCUGGCACUGCUGACCAAGAAACCCCGUGCCGCCACGGUGUAUGCUGUGGGGCCCGUCAAGCUCGCCUUUCUCGACGUCUCGGCCUUCGAGCGGCUCCUGGGGCCCUGCAAGGAGAUUAUGAUGCGCAACAUUGACCAGUACGAGGAGCAGAUGGUCCAGGCCUUUGGUGCCAAGGUCAACGUGGCCGACCUCCGAUGAUGACCCCAAACACGACCCUAAAUUUGCCAUUCCCUCUCUCCCUCCUCCUAUUCCUCGUCACCUUUCCCCCACCCCACCUAUAUCCCUGUUAACUAGUCGGUCGGGGCUUGCGCAGCCCUGCUCCCUGCAGCGGCCACUGCUGCCGCCGCAAUAAACGAGGAGCGCGCCGAGUGUCGCCGGAGCGCCGGCAGCGGUGUUAAAGGCUCUGUGGCAUGGCGUCGGCAUUCGUGCCGCUCUUUUCUCAUGGGUCAACAACGUCAACAGAGUGAGCCGUCAUGGCACUGGCACGCAAGACAGAGCAGCGAGAAAGCGCCGGGGCAGCUGGCGAUUGUCUCGUCACUAAUAAUAUUGUUGUUACUCUUACAAUGCGGUGAAUUUUAAGAGAGGCGAGUGAGCGCAUUGCAAAAGUUUGGUUCGCGUGCUUCCAUGGUUAGGCCAAAGGAGAGCUCUGUCUCGGGGAUGAACUGCCAGAGCAGGCUGCAACGGUGUUCCUCCCCACUUAGGACCCCGCAGAGAGGGGGACAUGGUACAGUCUUUGCCAUCAAAAUACCUUUGUAAUAGUUUUUGUCUGACCUUUUUUUAAGCCUAUUGUGGUGGCGACAUACUGCCUGUCCAUACGUCGCCCAUAGGACCAUGGUGUUGGGAUGGACCUCAGGCUCGAUUCACACGGCUGCCCAAUGCUCAGUCACGUCAACAUCACGACAAUCGGUGCCCUUCACGAUACAGCGUGAUCUUUUCUUUUUCUUCUCAAAAAUGGUGCGCGAGUUCGUUGACUGAUGCAGUUACAUCAGCAGCAUCCCCUUUUUCACCAAAAUAUGGAACGAAAAUGCAACAUAAUACAAACGCUGGUGAACAACGGUGACACUGUUCAGGGUGUGACAGCUGUGUAAAUCGGGCUUUAGUCGGGCUGGUCCUUAUUGAAGUGGUGUCUGUUAAAAAUACAGGCAAACUUUUUGUUAAAGUUGUGUUGCAAUACGACCCCUCCUCCUCUUGCUUUGUCACCAGAGGGCAUUGCUAAUACAGAGCUCAGUGUUCUAUCGACCAUGGUCCUCUGGAGGUUUGGUGUGCAGCUACCUCGCCUCACUUAAGGCAUUUUAAGCUUGCUCAGUGGUGCCAUCUCGUCACGGCCAUGCUUCUUGAAGAGGUUGAUUAGCAUUUUUACACCUCAUGAAUAUUGUUUGCUUCGGAUCGAACUGCGCAUAGUGCAUAGGUCGUUACGUUUGGGGACGCUACCAGUAUUCUUUGCACCGAAGGGUCUUUUUUUCUCAAGUGUCCCAUAAAAAUAUGAUGCACUUCCGAUGUUUUUGCUUCAUUCGAAGAGUAGUGAUGAUUGUGCAACCUGCUCGAUGCCUUCUUGUCCUUUGUUGGUUUGCUGUGGGAAACUGAAGGUAUAUUGUAUAUUUGAUCUUGCUCCCCAUUCGGAGACAUUGUAGUAGGCUGUGUCAAGCCAGGCAAAGUGCUCAUGGGUCGUGCCAUGAAGGUAGUAAUCGCAAUUAAAUAAAAUGAAGUAAACCUGUUCUCUUAUGGCAAGGACAUAAAAACUCUACAUUUAAGCAAAGUUUAGAUUAAUUCACACCCUCAUUAAAGUUUCUGAGAUGCGUCAGUGUUCAAUAGACAUAAGUGCAUCUCUUAAAAGAUGGACUGUUUUUAUGUGCUGUACUGGUGCACUGCUCAGCAGUUCCGAUGGGCAUGCUGUGGUCUUUCACUGUACUCGCCGUUCUGGUGUUCCAAACGAUCACGGUUUUACUGCAUUGAGUUGGGAAUGCGAGGAGGCUGAUUACGCUCAUUAGACUCUGUGCAGUCUAUAGAAAUGGCAGUGCUGUACGACGUAUGGGAUACCAUACCAUCUAGAUCCGCAGGCAGUGAUAAAAGCAACCCUUCAUGUCUUGUACAAAUAAAUAUUGUCGCGUUUCGGUCGUGCACCA